CAUUUAAGGUCAAAAAUUCUGAAAAUUGAAGCUCGAACACCAUCGGCGUCCGCUUCCGACCAGCGAAACAGAAGAAGCUCAGAGUUGUGAGCCGAAUCCUCUCGAUCCCAUUGCCGGCUGCUUCUCCUUCUCGAUCGGGAAAAUGCUUGGUGGGUUGUAUGGGGACUUGCCUCCCCCAUCAUCUGCCGAAGAAGAGAAGAGCAAUAGCUCAGUGGUCUGGUCGAGCAGUGCCAAGAUGGCGCCACCUGCACUGAGGAAACCAGCGUCAGUCCUGGCGCCGCCUCAAUCCGUGUUGAAGAGCCAACAGUCCCAAAACAAGUCCAAAAACUCACUACCACCACAGUCUAAAACAGCAACUUCAACUCUGCCUCCUCCGGCACUGCCUGAUAGUGGCAUGAAGAGUCCUACUUUCCAACCAGCGCUUGUGGGGGUGACAUCCACUGUAAUUGAGGAAUAUGAUCCGGCAAGACCAAAUGACUAUGAGGAUUAUAGAAGGGAGAAGAAGAGGCGUGCCGUGGAGGCUGAGAUGAAGAGGGAGCUCGAGAGGAGACGUAGGGAAGAGGAAGAGAGGGAGAGAGAACGAGAGCAGAGGGAACGAGAGGCUUCUGAAAGAUUGGAAAGAGAUCAUCAUUCAAGGUCAUCAUCAUUGAAUAUUUCUGGCGAAGAAGCAUGGAAGCGACGUGCUGCAAUGAGUGGGGCUGCUCCAAGAUCUCCAUCUCCUCCACCAAAUGGGGAAGGGUUUAGUAUAGGGAAAUCAGGGACAGCUGGGUUGGGAGUUGGUGCUGGUGGACAGAUGACUGCUGCCCAGAGGAUGAUGGCAAAGAUGGGUUGGAAAGAAGGUCAGGGACUUGGCAAGCAAGAGCAGGGAAUAACUACACCUCUAAUGGCCAAAAAGACUGAUAGGCGAGCUGGAGUAAUUGUUAAUGCCAGUGAGUCAAAAUCCGACAAGAAGCCAAAGAGCGUGAACCUUAAUGGCCCACCUACUCGCGUCUUACUACUGCGCAACAUGGUUGGUCCAGGUGAGGUCGACGAUGAACUUGAAGACGAGGUCGCUUCAGAGUGUGCCAAAUACGGUUCAGUGACGCGAGUCCUGAUAUUUGAGAUCACUGAGCCAAACUUCCCAUCAGAUGAAGCCGUCAGGAUCUUCAUACAAUUUGAGAGAUCAGAGGAAACAACAAAAGCUCUGAUCGAUCUAGACGGGAGAUACUUCGGUGGCAGAGUGGUGCGCGCAUCAUUUUACGAAGAAGAGAGAUUCAACAGAAACGAACUAGCUCCCAUACCUGGUGAAAUACCCGGUUUCUCUUAAAACCCAAGAAGCU